AUGUUCUUGGUGCAGUGGCCAGUGCCUGUAAUAAUCCAGAAGAGUGAUCUGUCAGCAUCAGUACUGCAGGGAUUCUCUUGUAGCUCAACUCAGACUCUCCCACAGAAGAAAGCCAAAGAUCUAGUAAAAGCCUGUAGACCACGUGCAGGCAGAGACAAGGUCGUCCUGACAGAGGCUCAGUCAAGUGUGUUCCUGGAGAACUCUGAAAACCUUCAGUUGUUCAACAACCCAGGAAUUUCAGCCAGUGUCUUGGAGUAUUAUACAACACAGUUGUACAUCCAGAAUCCUGACUUCAGCCCUCUCGGUCACAGCGGUGCUGGUAGCAAAGUUCCUGAUAUAUCUGCAGCCACCAUCCAAACAUUGGGAAGCCAGUGUGUGGGCUUGACUGUGGGCCAGAUAAACUCCGCCCCUCCCAAUGUGAUAAGCGGUGCUCUGUCAACACUCAGUAUCAUCAGUGGCUGGGACCAGGGCCAAGUGAAUGCCCUCAUCCAGAGCAUCAUUAGUUCAGGCUUUAAUAUCAACAGUGCCUCCUCUCUGGUAUCAUUGGGAACACUUAUUGGUGGUGUUCCUUCUACAGCCAUAUCCAUCAUCCCAUCUUCUGAGCUUCUGUCUUUAUCUCAGAAUCCAACAUUCAUUGCUAAUAUUCUAUCAGCCCCAGUUAUUCUACAACAGACAUUUGUCCAAAAGGUAAUCUCUGUAGACCAAACCUCUGUCAUACAAAAUGUUCCGGAUGCACUAGUGAUGUAUAUUCCACUUGUUCUACUGACAUCUCUGAGCUCUGUGGAAGUUUCACUCAUCAAUAACAAGAGCUGGAGUCAUGAACAGGCUAUGAUGUUCUUCGGUGCAGUGGCCAGUGCCUGUAAUAAUCCAGAAGAUCUGUCAGCAUCAGUACUGCAGGGAUUCUCUUGUAGCUCAACUCAGACUCUCCCACAGAAGAAAGCCAAAGAUCUAGUAAAAGCCUGUAGACCACGUGCAGGCAGAGACAAGGUCGUCCUGACAGAGGCUCAGCUGACCUGCAUGUACAACUAUGUGAAAGAAGAUCUAGUCGAAAGCUUUAUGGAUGUCCCCUCUGAUAUGCUUCUGUACUACAGCUACGAGACAAUACAGAAUGUGAACUGCCAAUCAUAUUUCCGUGCCCUUGGCAGAGCAGAUUUCUCAGUUCUUUCUCCUGUCCUUGACAAAACAACCAUACUGUUCAACAAUGCAAAGGACUGCCUGGGUAUAUCUGGUGUGAGUCUGACCAGGGAUCAGGUGGAGGUUCUGGGAAAUAUGGCCUGCACACUGGACUCCUCCUACAUCCAGAACUCUGACCCUUUCAUUUUGGAGAAACUGAAGAACUGUGGAGAUCUUUCUGAUUCUCAGGUCACCGCUGUACAGUCACUGCUCCUCAGUGGAAACACUGCUUAUGGUAAUCCCUCAACAUGGAAUGAGCAGACCGUGGAACAACUUGGCAUCCUGGUUGUCUAUUUCAAAUCAGGCCUCUGUGACACAAUUGGCUUUAAUGUCAAGAGGAAGUUAUUUUCAGUCCUGAGGGAGCAGAAGAUCCCACUGAUAAAGCUUAGGACAUUCUUCACAGAAUGCAACUCAGAAAGUACUACAGUGAGCAACAUAACAGCAACAACAAUUGCAGAUGCAGCUUUUCCUUUCGGUUUUAAUGCCAUCCAGUUUGAUCUGUAUCUGGACAUCACCAUCUUGCAGGAAAACCUGGCAGCUAUCACUGAGAAAGUGGUGGACACCAGCCUCCAGAUGGUCAUUCUUAACAAGUUAAACCAGAUUUUCCCAUCAGGCCUUGGUGAUCAUGUGCUGCAACUACUGGGUUCAAUUUCUCGUUUGGCCACAAUUGAUGACAUUAGCAAGUGGAACAUUACUAUAAUUGACACACUGUCCUCUUUGAUGGAUUCAAAUGAUGGAUACUGGGAACCAGAAAAGAGUAAAGCAGUAAUUAUGAGGUAUCUGAGCAUGGGUGAUCACUCUUUGGGAAGUGCUGAAAUAAAUGUCAUUGGUUCCUACAUCUGUACAUUAGACAUCAGUGUACUGGAAAAUAUCACUCCUGAGAGCUUAAUGAUGGUCCCCUAUCCAGAUUUGUCCUCAUGUUCCUUUGAACAGAAAUCUACUCUGUACAUCAUUGUCAAGUCUUCUUUUAGCAAUCUCCACAGCAGUGCCAUAAAAUACUACCAGCUCAUGAUACCUUACCUGGGUGGAGCUCCUGUGGAGGACAUACAAGCCUUUUCAACUCAUAGCAUCUGCAUGGACAUCACAACGUUUACUAGUCUGAGUCCUGCUGUUCUUAACGCUCUGAAUGUAAGAACUGUGCAAGCCCUAAUGGGGGUAAAUGUGGCUGGCUUGAAGCUGUUUGAGAAUUCUUCAGUGGUUCAGUCCUGGGUGUCACAGCAGAAACAAAUGGAUUUAGAUAUGCUGAAUCUUGGCAUCAUCAACAACAGCAUAAAAAAUUAUACUGCCAUCAUCGCCACAACCACUACUAUAUCCACAUCAGCUUCUGACACUACAAUGAAAACUGCCACUUUAAAUGCCCUCCUUACCACCACAACCUCCCACACUUCUGCUGGAGCAACUGUCAACACCACUGUUGCUACUAAUGUUGUCCAUACUUCCAAUACUUCUUUCACUAAAAAUAAUGAGCACGCAACGUUUUUUCAAAACAACUCUGUAAUCACUAUCAAUACACCUGCCACUAGUAAUGCCCUCCUCACCACCACUGCUUCCCCCUCUUCAAGGUCUGAAAUUAGCACCUCUGCUGAAGCAAAUGCCAUCAUUACUGCCAGCAGUAAUGUCGACCUUACCACCACCACUUCCCCAAAUACAAGCAUUAAAAACAGCAUUUCUGCUGAAGCAUAUCUUAACACAACUGCCCUUUCUAACACUGUCGUUACUUCCGAAACUUCCCACCUCCCACCUCCCACAGCAAGUUUUGAUAUCACUUAUACUCAAAACAACUCUGGUAUUACUGUCAACAUACCUGCCACUAGCAACGCCCUUCAUACCACUACUGCUUCCCCCAAUACAAGCUUUGAAAUCAACACAUCUGCUGGAGGAAAUGUCAAUAUAACCACCAAUAGUAACAUAGUCCUUACCACUACUGCAGCCCCCUCUACAAGCUUUGAUAUCCACACUUCUGCUGGAGCAAAUGUCAACACCACUGUCAUUACUAAUGUCGUCCUAACCAACAAUGCUUCUUCCACUGCAAAUAUUGAUAUCAAAACUUCUACUCAAAACAACUCUGGCAUUACUGUCAACACACCUGCCACUAGCAAUGCCCUCCUAACCACCACUGCUUCCCCCCCUAGAGGAUUUGAAAUCAACACUUCUGUUGGAGCAAAUAUUAACACGACUGCCAUCAGCAAUGAUCUUCAUACCACUACUGCUUUUGCUGCUACAAUCUUUGAAAUCAACACAUCUGCUGGAGGAAAUGUCAACAUUACUGCUAGUAGUAAUGUCAACUUUACUACGACUGCUUCCCCAAAUACAAUGUUUGAAAUCAACACUUCUGCUGAACCAAAUAUAAACAUGACUGCCAUUACUAAUGUUGUCCAUACCACCAAUGCUUCCCCAAAUACAAGCUUUGAAAUAAGCACUUCUUCGGGGGCAAAUGACAACACCAAUAUCACUACUAAUGUCGACCAUACUUCCAACACUUCUUCCCCUGAAAAUAAUAAAAUCACCACUUCUACCCAAAACAACUCUGGCAUUACUGUCAACACAUCUGCCACUAGCAAUGCCCUCCUAACCACCACUGCUUCCCCCACUAGAGGAUUUGAAAUCAACACUUCUGCUGGAGCAAAUAUUAACACGACUGCCAUCAGCAAUGAUCUUCAUACCACUACUGCUUUUGCUGCUACAAUCUUUGAAAUCAACACAUCUGCUGGAGGAAAUGUCAACAUUACUGCUAGUAAUAAUGUCAACUUUACUACGACUGCUUCCCCAAAUACAAUGUUUGAAAUCAACACUUCUGCUGAACCAAAUAUAAACAUGACUGCCAAUACUAAUGUUGUCCAUACCACCAAUGCUUCCCCAAAUACAAGCUUUGAAAUAAGCACUUCUUCGGGAGCAAAUGACAACACCAAUAUCACUACUAAUGUCGACCAUACUUCCAACACUUCUUCCCCUGAAAAUAAUAAAAUCACCACUUCUACUCAAAACAAUUCUGUUAUUACUGUCAACACACCUGCCACUAGCAAUUCCCUCCUAACCACCACUGCUUCCCCCACUAAAGGAUUUGAAAUCAACAUUUCUGCCGGAGCAAAUGUUAACACGACUGCCAUUACUAAUGUUGACCUUACCACCAAUGCUUCUUCCAAUGCAAAUAUUAAUAUUAACACUUCUACUGAAAACAACUCUGUUGUUACUGUCAACAUAUCUGCCACUAGCAAUGCCCUUUAUGCCACUACAGCUUCCCCAAAUACAAGUUUCAAAAUGAACACUUCUGCUGGACCAAAUAUAAACAUAACUGCCAUUACUAAUGUUGACCUUAACACCAAUGCUACCCAAAAAACAAGCUUUGAAAUUAGCACUUCUUCUGGAACAACUGUCAAAACUGCUAAUAGUGACAUAGUCCUUACCACUACUGCAGCCCCAUCUACAAGCUUUGAUAUCAGCACUUCUCCUGGAGCAAAUGUUAAAAUGACUGCCAUUACUAAUGUUGACCAUACUUCCAAUACUUCUUCCACUAGAACUAAUAUCAAAACUUCUACUCAAAACAACUCUGGUAUUACUCUCAACACACCUGCCACUAGCAGUGCCCUCCUUACCACCACUGCUUCACCCACAAAAGACUUUGCAAUUAACACUUCUGCCAGAGCAAAUUUGAACACCAUUGCCUCUACUAAUGUUGACCUUACCUCUAAAACUCUUACUGAAAAUUUUAUAUUCACCACUUCAUUUCAAAAUAACUCAAGCUCGACUGUCAAUAUGUCUGCCACUAGCAGUGCCAACUUCCUCUCCAUUUUGUCCCAAACUGCAAAUUUCAAAAUGCCAAUUACUGCUGAAAACAAUUUCAGUGUCAGUAUCAGCACAGCUGCCCCUGGUAAUGCUAUAAACACCACCUCUACUGUUCCUACAUCAAGUGUCAACAUCACCACUUCAUUUGUUACAGUUAACCCAUGUCAAGGUGUAGACAGUCAAGCAAUUAAGACUAUGCUCUUGUAUGGAAAUGCUUCUGCGAUACUAUGCAACUUCAGCAUCACUGACUAUGCCUGUUCAUUAGUUUCUGUUCUGUCUACUGAUGAUAUAGCAAAACUGCUAAUAUGUAAAUUUACAGACAGCAUAAAGUACGCACAAGAAGUUUGGAAACUUUUUUUCCACAAUUUGGCUGUGCCUUUGGAUGAAGCACUGGACAAGGUUUACAAUAUGAACCUCAGCAGUGCCAAGCCUGACCCAAGUAUACUUAAUGCUCUUGCGGAAGUGAUAAUCAAGAACUUCACUACAGCACAGCUGAAGAAUGUCACUUUUGUUACAAAGUGGUUCCAGAUGAGGCUCAGACCACUGUUGUCAUCAGUGUCCACAGACUUUCUAUCCAGCCUCAGUUUCACAAAAUUCAGCUGUGAGACCUACCAAAUUGUUGUGGAAGCUCUCAGUAGUCAAGAAUCACUCAUGACAGAGGAACAGAAGCAGCUAGUAUUUUCUUCAUUUAUCUUUCCUUUCCUCUCAAAAGAUGGCUCACCAGAUCCUGGCUGUGUUUCCAUCACUUCAGGCAGCAAUGACUGGCUUUUAAAGAACCUUGGCAGUUUCUUCAAUUAUGCCACCUUGACAGAACUAGAAAUUUUAAAUGCAAAUUUCUCUAGUGUUGCAGUGUUUGGUUUACUGUCCAUUGAGCAGAAGGCACAGUUCAUCUUGCAGCCGGAUACAGGAGUGUUGGGAAAUGAAUUAGUGAUUAGAGAGGUGUUUAGCAGUAUGAUCGCAUCUUUUGAUCUCAAUCAACUUAGCAUGUUCUUCACAAGCUUCAGCCAGACUGCAAUACAAAUGAACCUCACUAGCAUUCCUUCAGCAAUUUCAGACUCAAUUCUGAACAUGACUCUAAAUAAUCUGGUGCCUCACUUCCAACGUUUCAGACCAGAGGACUUUGCCCUGUGGUUCCAGAAUUACCUUUCCAUCUUACUUCCUGGUAUUGGUUCAAACACCCUGUCGAUUAUACCCAUGACUAUUGGCUGUGACUCCUACAGAGAGAUAGUGAAAGGACUUGAUAAUGUGUACAGUGACCUCUCUGCAACACAGUCCAACACUGUUUUCAAUUACAUACAAGACUAUCUCAAGUACCAGUCCAGCCAAGGCCUGAGUUGCUAUGGUGGUGGAAGCUUUUACAUGUUCCUGAAACAGUUGCUCCUCAGUUUUGGAUUUCCUGACCUAAUAGACUUCCUGUCUCUUAUCCCAGAUGACCGACAGGCAGAGCUCUUGAGCUCCAUCUCUCUGGAAGAACUUAGUAAGUUCCUGAACAGACCAAACACAGUUGUUAAUGGUUCUGAGCUCUGCACACUACUUGACAACUACAAUAGAACCAAUCAGUACCUGGAAAUGGAGCCUGUUUUGUCCUCAGUUCUGGCCAGCCAAACAUUGGAGUGUGUGUGGCCUCGUGCUCUCAGUGCCUCAACUCAGGCUGAUGUAGAACAGUGGUUUAAUGUUAUACUGGUUCACUACCUGCCCUACCUCAGAUCUCAGCUCAUCAGCUCCACCCAGCUCAGUGGUGCCUCUUGUCUGUCAUACAGGAAACUGGUGUCUAUCCUGGGGGACAACUUCAAUUUUUCUGCAGCUGAUUUCUCCCCAGCUGAUGUGUACAGCUCUAUAAAAGUGUAUCUGAGCAGUGGUGAUUUCAGCCCCCGCUGCUAUAACUCCUCAGAUCCUUUUCUGAACUCCACUGCCUGGUUUGCAGACAACAUUGGAUUCUUCAUCACCUUCAUCACCCUCAGUGAUCUGCAAACAUUUAUAUCAGAUAAAAAGAUUGGUCUGUUCCUGGAAAAUUCAAAAAAUCUUCAAUUGUUCAAUAACUCAAAAAUUGCAGUCAGCGUCACAGAGUACUACACAACUCGAUUAUAUACCCAGAAUCCCUCGUUUAAUCCCCUAAGAUUACCAGGUAUACUUCUCUGUGAAUCACCUGGCUCUGUUUUUGCUCCUCUUGGAAUUGAAGAGAGUCAGACCAUUCUGUCAAGCAUCAACAAAUUCUGCAGUAAAACCAAUCCAGAGAUUACAGCAACAAUCGUGACAAAGUUUUCUACUUUGUCUGCAACUACAAUUGAGUUGCUUGGCAGACAGAGUGUGGGCCUUACUGUUGGUCAGAUAAGCGCCACCUCCUCCAAUGUAAUAAAAAGUGCUCUGCCUAUGCUGAGUAGCAUCAGUGGCUGGGACCAAGGGCAAGCAAAUGCCCUCAUCCAGAGCAUCAUUGGUUCAGGCUUUAAUAUUAGCAGUUCAUCCUCUCUGUUAUCUUUGGGAACACUAAUUGAAGGAGUUACCUCUGCAACCAUGUUCAGCAUCCCAUCUUUUGAGCUUCUUACUUUGUCCCAGAAUCCAACAUUCAUCAAUAACAUUCAGUCAGCUCGAGUAAUUCUACAGGAAACCUAUGUCCAGCAGAUCAUCUCUGUAGACCAGACAAAAGUGAUCAAGAAUGUACCAGAUGCACUAGUUAUGCAUAUCCCACUUGUUCUCCUGUCAACAGUGAGCUCUAUUGAGGUUUCACUAAUUAAUAACAAGAGCUGGAGCCAUGAGCAGGCUAUGAUGUUGUUUGGUGCUGUGACCAGUGCUAUUGAUAAUCCAGAUGAUUUGUCAGCAUCAGUACUGCAGGGAUUCUCAUGCAGCUCAGUUCAGACUCUCCCAUGGCAAAAAAUUAAAGAUCUGGUGAAAGCCUGUAGACCACGUUCAGGCAGAGACAAGGUCUCCCUAAAAGAGGCACAGCUGACAUGCAUGUAUAACAUCAUGAAAGAAGACUCUUUGAACUUUACCGAUGUUCCUUUUGACAUGCUACUCUACUACAGCUAUGACAAAGUGCAGCAUGGGCAUUGCAGAUCAUAUUUUGCUGCUUUGGGAGGUGCAGAUUUCUCUGUUCCUUCAACCAUCCUCAACAAACCAGCCACUCUGUUCAACAAUGCACGGGCCUGCCUGGGUAUAUCUGGUAUGAGUCUAACAAGGGAUCAGGUGGACGUUCUGGGGAAUAUGGCCUGCACACUGGACUCCUCCUACAUCCAGAACUCUGACCCUUUCAUUUUGGAGAAACUAAAGAACUGUGGAGAUCUUUCUGAUUCUCAGAUCAUUGCUGUACAGUCACUGCUCCUCAGUGGAAACACUGCUUAUGGUAAUCCUAUAAAGUGGAAUGUACAGACUCUGCAGCAGCUGGGCAUCCUGCCUCUCUAUUUCAAAUCAGAAUUUUGGGGACAGUUCAGCACUGAUAUUAAAAGGACAUUUUUAAAGUCAUUUAUGCCCUUUCUGAAGAAUCAAAAGACCCCAAUACAUAAACUGAGAAAGUUUUUUAUAGAAUGCAACUUCAAAGUGUCCAGAGCCCAUCGUGCUGCAGACUGCACCUCAGGCAGCAUCACACCCAUAACAAUUGCAGACUCAUCAUUUCCUGUGGGAUAUGACACCAUUCAGUUUGAUUUGUGCUUGAAUACCACUGUCCUGCAAGAAAAUCUGGCAGCCAUCACUGAGAAGGUAGUGGACACCAGUUUCCAGACUAUCAUUCUAAACAAGCUAAACCAGAUCUACCCAUCAGGCCUUAAUGACAGUGUGCUACAGCUACUAGGCCCAACAUCUCGUGUGGCAACUACUGAUGAUAUUAACAAGUGGAACAUUGUUAUAAUCGACACGCUGUCCUCUUUGAUGAAGUCUAAUAAUGGAAACUGGGCACCAGGGAUGAGUAAAGCAGUGAUUAUGAGGUAUUUGAGCAUGGCUAAUCACACUCUGGGAACUGCUGAAAUAAAUGCAAUUGGUGCCAGCAUAUGUUCUUUGGAUGUCAGUUUACUGGAAAAUAUCACUGCUGAGAGCCUAAAGAAAGCAAACACUCUGGAUUUGUCCUCAUGCUCCAUUCAACAAAAAUCUGCUCUGUACAUCAUCAGUAACUCCUCAUUCAGCAGACAACCCAACACUUACCAGCUCAUGAGACCUUACAUGGGAGGUGCUCCUGUACAAGACCUGCAAUCUCUUUCGUCCAAGAAUGUCAGCAUGGACAUUACCACCUUCAUGAAUCUAAACCCGGCUGUUAUUAUGGCCAUAAAUGUGAGCACAGUGCAAGGUCUACUCGGAGUGAACGUGGCUGAUCUGAAGCUGUUUGAAAACUCCUCUGUGGUUCGGUCUUGGGUGGCUCAGCAGUACCAGUAUGAAUUGAACACCCUGAAUAUUAACCUUUUUGGAGGCAAAAUACCUUCUGAGUCAUCUCAAUCCACAAUCACUACUGUCACCAACAGUCAGACAAACCAAACAACAUCUGCCAAUAUCACAGCUCAGGCAUCACAUGCACCUACGUUUCAUGCUGGAGCAUGGUGGUUCCUGAUCCUGUGUGCAGGAAUCCUAACGUUCCACAUGACUUAACAUUUACUUCAUUAAUUACUAAUAAUAAUUAUUAUAAUCACAUCUAAUCGCUGUUAUUCAACAUAUACAACUUUUUGCAAUACUUCUAGUGGAAUAUAUUAAUGUAUUAUCUCACAUUUUAAUUCAUUAAUUGAUUUUAUCAUAAACAUUAUUGUAAUAUAUUUUCUGUAGAUGUUUGUAGACCCGAUUAAGUCUAUAAAUCUAAUAAAG